GCGUGCGACCCUCAGAGUUCAGCGGGUGAACCCCGGGCCCUGAUGGUGGGACUGGGCCCGGGUUCCCACCGCAUCGUCCGCCUCAGCCAGAACCUUCUGGUCCCCGCCCCCAGAUAGGGACCCAGGAGGCCCACGCCCCUUCUUCCCGGCGGGGAGUGGGAGCCUCUCGCACUCUUCGGCAGCUCCAGACCCUCGGCAGCUCCAGACCCUCGUUUACAGUUCAGGACCUCAGCUGCACUUUGGCGCUAACGCCCUGUUUCCCAGGCUGACUCCUGACCUCAAGUGAUCGGCCCACCUUGUCCUCCCAAGGUGCUGCGAUUGCAGGCCUGAGCCACCGCGCCGCGACCUAGGCUGGACAUUUGACAAAGGUUUUUACUUCUACCUCUAUUUCCUCUUAGAAGAUGCGGCAAGAAAAGGAUCCAGGGGGCCCGGACAAUGGACUGUCAAUGGCAGGAUACCAGCUCUGGUCACCAUGGACCCCACUGGAUGAGAGUUUCCAAUGGCUGCGCCACACGACACCUACACCUUCCUCCAAGCACCCAUUCAGGGCCUCCCCCUACUUCCCACACACACCGUCCGACCUUGAAGUGCAGCUGUGCUUUCAAGAGGUCACCCUAGUCCUAGACAGCCCAUUCCUGGAAUCUGGAGUGAGUCCCAAGUUACCCUGCCACACAUCAGAGUUGCGAACGAUGAACAACAAAGGACUGGUCAGGAAGCCCCAGCCCAUCCGCCUCAGUGGAGUAGAUUCUGUCUUUGGCAGGGUUAUCACAGCUCAGCCACCAAAGUGGACCGGGACUUUCAGAGUUUCAGACAAGUCAGCCUUUUGCAAAAUCAUUAGCAGGGAGCACCAGUGGCCCAUUGGACUGAAGGAGCCUCAGAUUCAGAUGACAGUGACUAUGUGCAAACAGAUGCUGCGCUCUAUCCUCUUGCUGUAUGCAACUUACAAAAAGUGCACCUUUGCCUUGCAGCACUCCAAGUAAAGGGUCCUCAUUUGAUCCCCAUUUCUUCACACCAUGCCCUUUGUGCCUUGGUGACUGUCAAGUAAAAGCAAGUAUAUACUCAUUUCUCUCCACACUUCCCACAUACUUACCAAGCAAAAAGCCCAUGAAAAAUCUGCAGCAGCCUCUGAUAGCAGGAAGACAUUAUGUGGUACUCCUGAACUUUCACUCCUGGUCCAUCAACUACACUGUGAUUCUCAGCAGCUAAACACUAAAAAUAAAAAUGAUUUUAGGACA